GGAUAAUAUUGUCUAUAUUAAACAAACCUGUAGUUUCAGUGGGUCGGUUUGUUCAAUCGUUAAGUAAUAAUGGGUUGGCUCCAUCCUUUAUAUUUGAAUUCAAUUUCAUCGUGCUAAUUUUUUUUUAAUUCGUUUACGAUAUUCAAUAAUUUAACAUUUUCUUAAUUAUUCGUUAUAUGAUAUGUUCAACAAAAACUUUGAUUAAAGUUUUACAACGUUAGGUAAAAUAGUUGGUAAAAAUUUGUGUACUGAUUAUGAAUAGUAGCGAAAUUUUGAAACCAUUCCACUAGAAUCUUAACAUGGUUUCGAAAUAUCCCUUUACAAUAUGUCAUUUACCGCUUUAACAAAAAAAAAAUGUUACAUUGAUUGCAAAUGCAUUAUGAAAUUUAUUACUUUGUUUUGGAACAGUAUCUAUUUCUUUGCACUAUUUUUGUAACAUUUUAAAAAUAUACAAAAUAUAGAAUAUCAUAUCAUAUUUGAUUUUAUAAAAAAGUUCAUGAAGCCACGUGUAGCUAUCUGAUUUGUCGGUGACGCAAAAAACGACAGCCUGUUAUUUAGCUUUUAAAUGAAUCAGACAUUUUUAUAUCGUUUUCCCCCCUCGAUUCAAAAUCCCGCGAUCCAGAGUGAGUGAACCAGGGAAGAGAGGAGUUAGGGUUUCUAACUCUCAAUUUGAGCAAUGGUGCGACUGAUGGUUCUCGACACUGAUAAUCCUGCUGUAAAAGGGGUUCCUGAUAAUAGUGCAAAAGGAGAGAAAAUGAUUCUGGAACCGUCCAUCAGCAGUGCGCAAAGGAGAAAAUUGGCAGAUAUUAGCAAUUUGCAGGAUCAAACUAAAGUAAUGAACCAGGGGGCAAAUCUGCAGCAACAUAAUAUAGUUAUCUCUUACAAGGAAUACACUGAAAGACUUCAAAAGGAAAACGUGGCACUGAUGAAAGUCCUCGCAGAGAGAAAUAAAAUCAUAGAGUUGAGUGGGAUUGAACUGCAGAAACUCAGAAUCAACUUACAGAAGAUGCAGGAACAGAAUUUUCAGCUUGCGCAGGCAAACAGUCAGAUGUUGGCGGAGCUCAAUGUAAACAAAGACAGACUGAAGGCGCUUCAGCAUGAGAUUGGUUGCAAGAAUGGGUUACUCAAAGUUAUAAAAAUGCAGCUUGAGGAGCGAACAGUUCUAAAUACACAUCAUGCUUCCCGAGACAAGGUGGUUGGAGCAAACGUCCUUAGUGUGGCUUAUGAAUCCUUUCAGGCAGAUGACAUGGAUCAAAAGAAUAGCAAGAGAAAACGACAAUCAAGGAUCAAAUCUUCAGGAAGCUCCGUUGUCAAGUCAAUGCAUGUGAAUGAGAGAACUACCAAUAAAAGCUCUGAAGAGACAUGUCAAACUAAAGACGGUAACAAGAAGCUUGUCCGUGAUGAGGCAAACGCUGUUAAGGAAACCAAUAACAAAAGGCAUUGUGGGCGAAGGCAGUCUGCUAGCUUUGCUUGUCAAGAAGCUGAAAAAACUGAAAACUUGCAUGAGAUGGCUGAUGCUAAAGUGAUGGAGGAGAAUACAAGGCCCCCAUUGAGAAGACAAUCCGCUCGGUUAAAAUCCCAACAACCCGAAUUAUCAUCCGAUAACUUGCAUCAGACAAAUGAAUUCAAAGAGGCAACCAAAAGUAGGAGGGCCUCUGUCAGGAGGCAGUCCAAGAGGACAAAUUUCGAAGAACCUAAACCAAAUGAAAAAUUAAGCGAUGGAGAUGGUGCUCAAGAGGCAACUGGCGAUGAGGGAUGCCAUCGCUCUGCUGUAAGAAGAGGAUCUGUUGGGUCUAAAUCUGAAGCAUUAUUACAACCAGCUGGGAACUGGCAUGAGACAGACACACAUGAUACAAAGGAGACAACCAGGAAACGCAGGACCUCCACAAGAAGACACUCUAUGAUGUCUAAUCCUCAAGUAAAUGCAGCAGCUGAUGGUGGAAUCAUCGACCAGAAAUCUACAGACCCUUGUUUCAGUAAUCAACUGCGAUCACCAGGUACCGGGAAGGACAAUGACGAAGAAACUAAGAACUCUCUUGGAUACGGUGAAACAGAGGGGACGAGGAGGAUUUCUGUUGGGAGACCCUCGAGACAAGCGGCUGUCAAAAUCCAAUCAUACAAAGAAGUGUCUCUUAAAGUGAAGAUGCGACGAAGCGAGCAAUAAACUCAAGCCAGUUAAUCUCUCUCUCUCUCUCUCUACGUGGGUUCGUAGAAUCCCUACGGAAGCAAAUAGAGCCGGCACCAAAUGUACAAUACUUGCUGUUUAUGUCUAUAGAGUUAGCAGUAAGUCUCCGUGUUCUGUUCUGAUAUUGAGAACUAAGCCACGAUUGAACCUUCGGUAUCUAGAGACUCCAAAUUCAAUUUU